AUGCCUUUCGAAGCUCGCGUGAAGUCUGUCCUUUCGGGCGACACUGUCGUGCUGUCGCAUGUCUCCAAUCCCACACAAGAGCGCAUUCUGAGCCUUGCCUAUGUCUCUGCGCCCAGAUUAAGGAGGGAGGGUGAUGAGGCAUACGGCUUCCAAUCCCGCGAAUUCCUCCGAGAACUCUUGGUCGGCAAGGUUAUCCAGUUCCACGUUGUUUACACCAUCCCCACCGGCGCUAAGCGCGAAUACGGUAUCAUCAAGCUGCCCGGCUUCGACGCCCAGUUGCCCGAAAUCAGUGUGCAGGAGGGAUGGAGCCGGGUCCGCGAGGAGGCUGGAAAGCGCAGUGAUGAAUCCGAAGAAACACUUGAGCUGCUGGGUCGGCUGCGAGCGCUCGAGGCACUGGCACAGGACGAGGGCAAGGGUGUCUGGGCUGCUUCCAGCAAGGGCCUGAUCGAUACAAGCUAUGAACUGUCAAACGGCGCCGCAUUGGUGGCUCAAUAUAAGGGCGAGCAAUUGGAAGGUAUCAUUGAGAAGGUCCUGAACGGUGACCGCGUGGUGCUUCGUCUGCUGUUGUCCCCUGAUGAGCAUCUUCAGGCUGUGGUUGCUGUGGCCGGUAUCCGGGCGCCAUCUGCGAAGCGUACCACCGCCGAGGGCAAGGAACAAGCAGCCGAGCCUUUUGGAGACGAGGCACAGCAGUUCGUGGAAUCACGAGUCCUACAACGUAAGGUCAAGGUUUCAUUAGUUGGUGUCACCCCACAGGGCCAGCUUGUGGCUACUCUGCUGCACCCCAAUGGAAACAUUGCUCGAUUUGUUCUUGAGGCUGGUCUUGCUCGUUGCCAGGACCACCACUCUACAAUGCUUGGUGCCGAUAUGGCUCUUCUCCGCCAGGCCGAGAACACUGCCAAGGAUUCCCGCAAGGGUCUUUUCACUGGCCACGUUGGAUCUAAGGCCACCGGUGCCGCCGCCGGCGACUACACUGUUACCCGUGUUUUGAACGCUGAUACCAUCUUUGUCCGUAACAAGGCUGGUGCGGAGAAGAAGAUUAGCCUUACCAGCAUUCGUCAACCCAAGCCAUCUGACCCUAAGCAGGCUCCAUUCGCCGCCGAUGCAAAGGAGUUCCUGCGUAAGCAGGUCAUUUCCAAGCAUGUCAAGGUCACAGUUAAUGGCAAGAAGCCUGCCAAUGAGGGUUAUGAGGAGCGUGAAGUUGCUACUGUUUUACAGGGCAACACUGAUGUUGGUCUGGCCCUUGUUGAGGCUGGCUAUGCCUCUGUUAUCCGUCACCGUAUGGAUGAUGAUGAUCGAUCUCCCGACUACGAUUCCUUGCUUGCCGCGGAGGCUGAUGCCCAGAAGGAAGCACGUGGUAUGUGGUCCCCCAAGCCACCCAAGGCUAAGCAGAUCGUGGACUACUCCGAAAAUGUUCAGAAGGCCAAGCUUGAGCUUGGUGUAUUGCAGCGCUCUAAGCGCAUUCCCGCUGUUGUCGACUUCGUGAAGUCAGGAUCUCGCUUUACCGUCAUCGUGCCUCGCGAGAAUGCCAAGUUGACCCUUGUUCUUUCUGGCAUCCGUGCUCCCCGAUCUGCUCGCGGGCCGAGCGAGGCCGGUGAGCCUUUUGGUCAGGAAGCUCACGAUUUGGCCAACCGCCGCUGCAUGCAGCGUGAUGUUGAGAUUGAUGUUGAGACCAUUGACAAGGUUGGUGGUUUCAUCGGUACCUUGUACGUAAACAAGGAGAACUUCACCAAGAUUCUGCUUGAGGAGGGCUUCGCUACCGUGCACGCAUACUCUGCUGAGAAGUCCGGCCACGCCAACGAAUAUUUCGCUGCCGAGGAGCGUGCUAAGGAAGGCCGCAAGGGUCUUUGGCAUGACUGGGACCCCAGCAAGGAGGCCGCUGAGGCCGAAGAGUUGGAGGCUGCCAACAACGCUAGUAACGAGAGCGACGUCGCGGUCACUCAACGCCAGAAGGAUUACCGUGACGUUAUGGUCACUUACAUCGAUCCUGAAUCAGCUCGUAUCAAGAUCCAGCAGAUUGGCAACGGAACUAGUGCUUUGACCGAGCUGAUGUCUGCUUUCCGUUCCUUCCACCUUAGCAAGGCCAAUGACACACCCCUUCCUGGUCCCCCUAAAGCUGGCGAUUGGGUCGCUGCUCAAUUCAGUGAGGAUGGAAACUGGUACCGCGGCAAGGUCCGCCGCAACGACCGCGAGAAGCAGACCGCCGAGGUGGUAUACGUCGACUUCGGAAACUCCGAAACUCUGCCCUGGUCCGACCUUCGCCCACUCACCCAGCCCCAGUUCUCGGGUCAAAAGCUCCGCCCCCAGGCUAUCGAUGCUGUGCUUUCUCUGUGCCAGUUCCCCACAUCCGCUGACUACCUUGAAGAUGCCGUGAACUUCGUUGGUGACCAGGCCUUCGACCGUCAGCUCGUUGCCAACGUCGACCACGUUGACAACGAUGGCACUUUGCACGUCACUCUUCUGGACCCAGCCGUGUCAAAGAGCCUCGACCAGAGCAUCAACGCUGAUAUUAUCCACGAGGGUAUGGCUAUGGUUCCCCGUAAGCUGAAGGCGUGGGAGCGUGCUUCGGCCGAUACUCUGGAGAAGCUGCGCUCUCUCGAGGACGAGGCUAAGCAAGAACGCCGCGGUAUGUGGGAGUAUGGUGACCUCACCGAGGAUUAA